AUGCAGUCUGGCAUUCCUGCCAAGUUGCCAAAGCCGACAUACCGCGUUGUUACAGUCGCCGCUCUGGUGAUUCUAGCACUUUCGGCCUUCUCGUAUCAUCGGUCAGAUUUCCGAAGGCCGAACGAUGAACAAUACAUGGCCAAGUCUGGAUCUGAGAUACGCAUCAUUCAAGAUGCCCACAAGUUCGAGAAUGCAGACGACUUCUUGCCGCACUUCAAGAACAUCACCAGCCUGAAGCCCAUGUUGAUGAGGCAGGCGAAGUCUACAUGCACUUGGUCCAAAGAUGAUGAUGUCGAUUUCAAUUUCGGAGAGAGUUCUGGAUGGUUCUUGGACCUAACCUGGGUCCUAAAGGAUAUGAAAGACAAAGACCUCAGUCCAUGGAGGAGUCAGUGGCAGCACGCCGUGAAUGCGAAGCUGGUACCUUGGAGCGAAGCUGCAGGCAACUUUGAGGGGCGUGGCAUCGUCAUUGUUGGUGGGAAUGGCAAAAGUCUGAAGAGAGUGAAGGUCCUUCUCCGGCAGUUGAAGCGACUAGGCACGAGGCUACCUGUGGAGAUCCAUUACUUCGACUACGAGAUGUCAUCUGAGUCGCAAGAAGAGCUGAAGGAGAUAUGGCCCUCGAUUUUCUUCAACGACUUGUCUGGAUCCCACAAUAUCAAGGAGACUCGCUUCAAUCCGAUGUUUGGAGUGCAUUUCCAGCUCAAGACGGCAGCCAUGGUGAACUCCCGGUUUGCAGAACCCUUGCUUCUGGAUUCAGACAACAUACCAGUUAUUGACCCAGACGAAUUAUACGAAUCUGCGACAUACAAGGAGUACGGCACCAUCUUCUGGCCGGACAUCUCCCGCACUAGAACGAACAACCCAAUAUGGCCGAUCACAAACACCCGCUGCCGAAUGGACGAAUUCGAGCAAGAGAGCGGCCAGCUGCUCAUCAACAAGCGCAAAUUCUUCUAUCACCUGCAACUCGCCGCGUGGUUCAUGGAUAGUCCGGAGAAUGAGGGCAGAUUCCAGAGCUGGAUGCUCGGCGACAAAGACUGCUACCGCUUCGCAUGGCACGCCCUGAAAACGAAGUAUGGCAGGCCCUCGAGAUGGGUCACGAGCGUCGGCACGAACAACAGCAAUGGCUUCUACUGCGGCCACACUUUCGCCCAGCACCACCCCGACGACGGACGAGUCGCUUUCCUGCACGGCGGCUUGCUCAAAACGAUCCCGAAGCCCGUCAUGAAGAUGCAGCUGGAAGAGCAUGGAGGAGUAUUUCAAGCAUACAAGCGUAGCCCGUACGACCAUGAAUUUGCGGAACUCACCACAACUGAGAUCGGCUUCGAUAACUUUGAUUAUAUGGACAACAAGCCUGAAGGCACUUUGCCGGCUUCGUGCACGCACUUUUCGAAGGUGGAGCCGAGACCGCUGGAUGAGAUCGUGCCAGGCUUCCAGGAGACUUUCAAGGAGAUUGGUGGUUAUUGGAUGUUGGAUGAGAACGAGGAGGAGUGA